GCAACUUUGACGUCAUUGCUUAAAUGAAUCUCGCGCGCAUUUACCUGUCCUCUUAUCAUCAUGUCUUGUAGGCGAAGACGAUCACAUUUAAAUCCAGGUCCCAGUGACCAAACGAGCAACAUUGAGCAGCUCGCCUUCAAAUACAAGGAGAAGUGUAAAGUGGAAUCCAGCACUGAUUCUGACUCAGAGAUUAGCCCAAGAUGGUCAGACACCAGCACAAUGGAAUGUGUGAGCAGCGCACCCGAAAGUGGCAGCUUAAGAUGGACGUUACCACUCCUACAUGGAAAAACGGAACGGCAGAGAUGUUACUCUUUGUUUUUGGACCCGUAUGACGGGAGCUCGGAGGAUUCUGACGAGAUCAUCGCGGAUCCCGGUGCCCUAAGCAGGCGAACCAGGCAGCAUGGAAAAGGAGGUCACGUCUCGCAUCACAGCAGGCGUUUUAUCUUUCAUCCUUCUCCGCCCACUGGUUUCAAAUCAGCAGAAGCUUCAAGGGAGCAGGAGCAUCGCCUUCUGGGUGUGCGCAUGAAAUGCGUGGACGUCUCUGAGGUUUGGAUGUGCGAACAGAGCCAAGAGGUGACCGGUGUCCAAGCGGCAGCAGCGGACUUCAAAGUGUUCCGCCGAAUUCACGACGACACCACGAUUUCCGAUAACUUCUCUGAGAGAUCGAGCGGGUCGUGUAACCUCCGAGUGGUUUCCAAGAGGAAGCUGGCUGUGCCCGCAGCGGAUGGAUUGGAGCAAAGAAAGAAGCAGUGUGUGGUUCAGAUGGAAGAAGAACAAGAGGGAGGAGGACACUCUGCUUCAAUUAGAUGCUAAAUGGGUCCUGUUCUACUGACUUUGCAAUGCACUUUACUGCACUCUUUAGAAAUGGUUCCACCUCAAUUGUUACAGGGAAAAAAAACACACUACGACAGUUGAAUUAGUUGUUCUUCGCAGAGGAUAAAGAAUAUGUGCCUGCAAGUAUUGUUUUAUUAUGGGAACGUUUACGUUCUGUUUUGUUGUUACUUUAAAGCAACACCAAUAGAUGCUAAUUGUUAGCCUGUGUGCUUAAAGACGUUUCUAUUGUAUGUUAGCAUUGUUUAAAAUACAGCGUUCUUGUUGUUUGACGUUUAAUUUGGCAGGAACUUCAAUAUUCAGUAAUUAUAUCUGCUAAACCUACAUUUAUUUUGUAGUGAGUCGAGUCAUCCAAGUAUUUGCGCUUGCAAGUCAAAGCAAAAAAAGAACUUAUUUCAAUUUGUACAAUAUGUUGGUAUUUGGAGUGUGUUUAUUGGUUCUGUGUUCUUUUGAAACUGUUGAGGUGGUCAUACAGUACUGUAAAAUAAAUUCAAGCACUCAAUGAUGCAAAUAUUUGUGCUCACCGACCAAAUACUUUUUUUUUUUUUUUAAACAAAUGGGUCAAGUAUAUUUAAUGUGGUAUAAAAUUAUAAAACGUUUAAUGUAUAAAAACUUUAUUUUGAAUGUAGUGGAUUUAACGCAAAACUCACCACAGGUGGCUAAUAAUGCAACAAAUAUUACAGAAAUUAAAAUGAUUCACAG